AUGGACUGUGAGGCCAAGAAGUGAAAGAAGGGCUUCGUGUCGCCCAUCAAGCGGCUGGUUUUCCCCAAGGCGGCUCGGAGGCCGGCUGCCCGCAGCAGACGCUACCGGGGGGGCGACCCCCUCUACCCUCCUGACUACCUGAUUGACCCCCAGAUCCUGCUGCAUGACUACGUGGAGAAGGAGGUGAAGUUUUUAGGCCACCUGACAUGGGUGACAGCCUCCCUUAACCCCUCCAGCCGGGAUGAGGUGCUGCAGCUGCUGGACACAGCCAGGCAGCUGAAAGAGUUGCCGCUGCAGACGACGCCAGAGCAGGACAGCAUCCUCAGCCUCUCUGCACGCUGCCUCCUGCUCACCUGGCGCGACAACGAGGAGCUCAUCCUGCGCAUCCCCACCCACGAGAUCGCGGCUGCAUCCUACCUGCGCGAUGACGCCCUGCACCUCCUCAUCCUCAAAACUGGUGCGGGUGUCCAGCCAGGGCUACCGGCCAUGGCACAGCUGGCCCCAAGAGCUCGAUGUGCCCAGGCCAUGGGGGGCCAGAGCCUGAGGGAUGAUGGGGAG